AUGGGUAGGGACGAUGAGCAGGUUGACUCUAUGGAGAUUGACGACCAGAAGCAGCAACAGCUAGAAGCCCCCGCUGACGUGCCAGAAGGGUUCAACACUGACUAUCUCCGUGUUUACUACGGAAAGCUCUUCCCAUAUGGUGAUUUCUUCAAAUGGCUUUGCUAUGGAAAUGAUGGAAAGCACCCCGGAUGUGAUCAGUCAUAUGUUGGACGUCGAGAGUUUUCAUUUACACUGGAGAAUGACAUCUACUUGCGCUUCCAAUCCUUUGAUAGUGCUGCUGAAUUGGAGAGUUCUAUCAAGGAGAAGUGCCCUUUCAAGAUUGAUAUUGGACCUGUCUACAGCGUAGAUCCUUCAAAGCGUCAUGCUUACGCCCAAUCUGGCAAUAAUGUCUUUGUACCAGUGGAGAGAGAACUAAUUUUUGACAUUGAUAUAUCUGAUUAUGACGAUGUUCGCUACUGCUGCUCUGGAGCUGAUGUCUGCUCAGACUGCUGGCCCUUAAUGACAAUUGCUAUCAAAAUUUUGGAUACUUCUCUUAGAGAUGAUUUUGGUUUCAGUCACAUACUAUGGCUAUACAGUGGCCGUCGUGGUGUCCAUUGCUGGGUCUGUGAUAACAGAGCAAGAAAAAAUCUAUUUAACCCUAUGAAUCUAUCUCAGGGUGGUGAAAAUGCACUGAAGAAAGUAUCCUUGGCUGGACCUGUCCUCCAUCCCUUCCUUGCCCGGUCAUACAUGGAUGUUCUCAAAACCUUCUUUGAAGAUAGGUUGCUCCUUAGCCAACAACUCUUUUCAUCAGAGGAGAGAUGUCAGAAGAUACUUGAUCUCAUCCCUGAUGAAAAUGUUGCUAGUGAGGUCCAUGACAAGUGGCAGGGAAAUAGACGAUCUUCUAUUUCAAAGGAAGAUGUCAAUGUGACCAGAUGGGAGCAAUUGAAGACGACUUUACACUUCCCCAGACCACCACCGCCACACCACCACUAUGGCGCUUUUUGCUCGCGCAAGCGCGAGCUUGCACCUUCCACAGGCGCCUUCAGUGAGUGGAUGGCGACCUUCGACCACCUGCAGUGCCAAAUGGACGUCCUCGCGACCCUCGUCCAUAACAUUGGCGCACAGCCGGCGUCGGUGCCCUCAUCCGUGGGCGCGCAGUCGGCGGGCCUCGUCCUCGGCGUGCCGGUGCCUCCAUUCACAGGUGCACAGCCGGGCGAUCAGAUCGCUACUGCAGCAGCAACCGUGCAAGUGGCGCUUGCGCAGAAGAGUGAUUGUCAGUUUGCGACGAUGCGAUUACAGGCUGCAACAUGCGGCCUCCUAGCGCGGCGCCAACUGCAGGAGAUGCGCCGGCAGAUGCAUGAGGCAACCUUGACGGCGAUCGACCUCGGCAAGGGGGGGCACGACCUCGCCCCGUCGAACGGCCAACAACAACCGCGCCAACCCGUUGCUGUCUCUAGGCGCGAGCAUGGUGCUGUUCCCGUAGGCGGCGCACUCCAGUUCUAUGGGAGUGAUGAUAGAAGAAGCGCACUCCUCUUUGUCACUGGCGGAGACGCACUGCCUAGCGCUGCCGCAUUUCGCUAUCGGCCGCCACGAGGUCGUCUUCGCUGGUCGCUGUUGCGAUUGAUUCCAGACAACCAUACCCGUGCAACCCUGUCGUUUCGAUGGUCCCCAUGGGAUCCAGGCGACUACUCGAGCCUGUCCAGCACGCGGAGGGUGUCCGCCGCAUCUUCAGGAUUCAAGAAUAAAGAGUCAAGUUUAUAUGAAAUAAGCCGAGAUAUAAAAGGCUUGUUCUUAGGUGUUCAGUUUGUAUCUAGUGAAGCCAUAGUUAGCAUCAUUGUUAGGUCGCAGCUCGAGGAUGAGCUGCAUGUCCGGGGGCUUCGUAGAUGUGUGGAAGAGAUUGUCUUCUCAUACACAUAUCCUAGACUUGACAUGGAGGUAUCAAAGCACAUGAAUCAUUUACUAAAAGCUCCCUUUUGUAUACAUCCAAAGACAGGUCAUGUUUGUGUUCCAAUUGAUCCCAGUAACUGUGAUGAUUUUGAUCCUGCAGCUGUUCCAACUUUAUCACAGCUUUUAGGAGAGCUCAAUGCUAUUGGUUUUCAGACAGAUUCUGAAAACACCUUGCCUAACAGGCUAAUAUGCCCUCUUUUUUAUCCUAUUGAGUUUCAGAUUUGGAAAGAACGUCCCUUGGGAAAUCCAUCAGUUUUUUUCAGAACUUCCUUUCUGCACCCAUUGCUGAAAGCGUGCAAGGAGGAACUGGAAAGUGCAUAUAAUGCAAAGCUUCAACAGUCCAAGAAUUCCUUGAACUGGAAUUGCUAUCGUUACGUUUCAGUUACUCCCAAGGGGAAAUGA